AUGGCGACUACCACGACGACAUUGACAGAGACUGCUUCACCUGAGCAAACGACCGCAGAUCACCGGGUAACAGAACAAGUUUCUCCUUCACCCUUCAGCACUCUAGAAGUCGAUGCCACACAGCAAAAUGAGCCCGAAUAUCCUACUGGCACGAAGCUAUGGCUGCAAAUUCUCGCGCUGUGUACGGUCCUCAUCCUCGGUGGACUGGAUGCCAACAUUGUCGCUACAGCGGUACCAAGCAUCACAGAUCAUUUCCACACGGUGGCGGACGUAGGACGGUAUUCGUCUGCGUUUCGGCUAUGCAGCUGUGCUUUCCAAUUCGCAUUCGCAAAGAUGUACACACUGUUUCCGAGUAAGAGGGUUUUCCUCGGCAGCAAUGUGAUCGCCUUGAUCGGUUCCCUGCUGUGUGCGACUGCCGCAUCGUCCCGCAUGUUCGUGGCUGGCAGAGCUGUGACGGGUGUCGGUUUCGCUGGACUUCUCUCUGGCGUCUUUGCAGUCCUGAACGAAGUCCUACCACGACAGAAAAGACCCGUGUUUGCGGGGUCUUUGGCGUGCGUGGAGUCAGUGGCCAUCAUUGCAGCGCCGAUAGUCGGCGGAGCUUUGACACAGUCUUUGGGAUGGCGAUGGUGCUUCUGGCGAGUCGUUCCGGCAGCUGGUCCGAGUGAAAAUACUGACAAUGGUAGGAUAAAUCUGCCAAUCGGUGCUGUGUCUUUGACUUCGAUCUUCUUCUUGUUUUCGGACUCGCCAGCAGCGCCGAGAGGCCACCUCAGCCUUAGACAGAAGCUCCAAGAGUUGGAUCUCAUCAGCAACUGCGUGUUCAUCCCGUCACUCACGGCUCUCUUUCUGGCUCUGUCUUGGGCAGGAACCAAGUAUUCAUGGUCAGAUGUCAAGGUCAUUGUCCUCUUCGUUGUGUUUGCCGUACUCAUGGCUGCCUUCUUGUUCAACCAGCACCGGCGUGGUGAUGCGGCUGUGCUCCCAUUCCGCAUCCUCAAGAACCGAAGUGUGGUGGCCGGCUUUUAUACGACGUUCACGAACUCGACGACAAAUGUCCUGGAGUACCAUCUGCCGACUUACUACCAGGUUGUUCGCUCGAAGACUCCGAGCGAGAGCGGCUACUUGAUGGUGCCCAUUCUCCUUGGAAUGAUGCUUGGCUUGUUCAUACAUGGAGUCGGCACUUCGACGUUCGGCUACUACAAGCCCUUCAUGAUCUUGGGCUCAAUCUUUAUGCCCAUUGGCGCCGGUCUGAUUGUCGACGCAGCAGUCCAAACCACUCUCAAUCCCGCAGAUGUCAACCUCGGAACCGGAGUAAUUCUUUUCGGACAGAGUAUUGGGCCGGCGGUCUUCAUUGCCGUCGCUCAUGUCAUUCUCACCAAUCAGCUGUUGUCGAACUUGCAAGACGUCGUGCCCGACCUGUCGCCUGCUUUUCUUGAGAACAAUGGACUCGGUAACCUGAAGUCUGGGAUCCCGGAGCAGCGGUGGAAUGAUGUCUUCCAUGCAAUCAACGAAAGUUUGACUUCGACCUGGUUCCUGACCGUGGCCCUUGGUGGAGCCACACUUGUGGGCGCUCUUCUCGUACAACAUCGCUCGGUCAAGCAGAAGCGGACAUCGGCGAACUCGAUUAGAACGCAAAGGAGACGCCUUUUCUGCGCCCCGUAA